AACCAGAAGGAAGAAACUCAAAUAUGGCGGAUUAUGGAAAUACUCCCAUCUAGAUGGCCCUGCCAUCUCUAUGUUUCUCUUUGUAUCCAAUUAUCUCUGUUGUUAUUCCCUCUCUCUCUCUAUCCUUUUGUUUUCUUUAGUUCGCUUGUUUCCGAGGUGACACAAAUCUCCCUCCGCCAUCUUAUUUUCUUAUCUGCAAACAUCACAUGCAAUUGUUUUUUCUUCCACAGCAAAUAUCUUCCACUUUCCAUUCUCUUAAACAUCUCAUCUCUUUUUUGCCUUUAAUUAAUCCCCCUUAGAUACUUAGUUCUGCUCGUUUUUCAAUCUCUUUCUUCACCUUUAAUUUUUUUCUCUCUCUCUCUGUCUCUGUCUCUCCCUCUCUUUUUGCUUCUUAGUACAAUUGUUACUCCAGUAAUUUAACACCAUUCUCUUCAUUAUCGUUACCAUUUUUUACAUUUAUUUUUUCUCUUCUUUUUAUUGUUUUCCAUUUUACAUAAUAUGUCCUCUUUUAACAAUCUUUUUAGUUUCUCUACAAGUCCUACGGUGAAAAAAUUUCUUAGUUGGAAACAAUGUGAUGAAGAUGAUAAAUGGGCCAGUAAAGCGAUUGACUCAUUGUUUAAAAAAUUGAAAAAGAAAAAAGGUGCCAUUGAAGAAUUACAAAAAGCUCUUAAUUUUCCAGGUCAACCUUCAAAAUGUGUUACAAUUCCUCGGUCACUUGAUGGGCGUCUACAAGUAUCACAUCGUAAAGGAUUACCUCAUGUAAUAUAUUGUCGUGUAUGGCGAUGGCCUGAUCUUCAAUCUCACCAUGAAUUGAAACCACUUGAAAUUUGUGAAUUUCCUUUCUCAGCUAAACAGAAAGAUGUUUGUGUUAAUCCAUAUCACUAUAAAAGGAUUGAAACGCCUGUUACCCUGCCCCCUGUUUUGGUUCCUCGACGAAGUGAAUUUCCUCCUGGUCAAUUGCCACCAUCUUCCUUAAAUAACAACAACAAUUUUAACAACAAUAAUAUUCUUAACAAUAAUGAUAACAAUAAUCUUGAUAAUUCUAUCCUAGGUAAUCCUCUGAAUAGUUCAAGUAAUAAUUGUGGUACUAUUGAAAGAGGUAAUCCAAAUCCAUUUGUUUCAUCACCUAUUAGUCCUUCAUCUAUAUCAUCCAGUUUACCUAGUGGAGGAGCAUCUCACCAACAAUCUGUUUAUCAGGCUCCCCUUCAUCUUCAACAACAACAACAUCAACAACCUCAUCAUCAGCAGCAGCAACAACAACAACAACCUGCACAUCAACUUGCACCACAAGCUCAACAUCAUUUACCUAUGGGUUUACCUCCAGCCAGACAAAGUGCUCCAUGUGGAUUACCUUCAAUGUCCUCAAAUAACAUUAAUAAUAAUUCACCAAUUUAUAGUGAUAAUGAUUUUUCCUCUCUUGAUCCUUUAAAUCUUCAAAAUUCUCUCACUUUAAGCCCUUCCUCUCUGGUCUCAAAUAUGUCAAGUCCUUAUGGACCCAGUUCACCUCAUUUACCUAUGGCUGAAACACCACCACCAGGUUAUAGUUCACAAGAUGAAAAUCGUAAUCAAAAUGAUGCCAAUCAAAUGGAUACUUCAGAUAUGCCCAUUGAUUCAAUACCAAUACAAUAUCAAGAACCUGAUAAUUGGUGUAAAAUUUUUUAUUAUGAAUUAAAUACUCGAGUUGGUGAGGCAUUUCAGGGUUCAGAUAAUAAUAUAAUUAUCGAUGGUUUCACUAAUCCAUCUUCACCAAAUAGAUUCUGUUUAGGAUCUUUAUCUAAUGUUAAUCGUAAUUCAACAAUUGAACAAACUCGACGUCACAUUGGAAAAGGUGUUCGAUUAUAUUAUUACAAUGGUGAAGUUUAUGCCGAAUGUCAAAGCGAUUCACCAAUUUUUGUCCAAAGUCGUAAUUGUAACCAUGCUAAUAAUUUCCAUCCAGCAACAGUUUGCAAAAUCCCGCCAGGAUGUUGUCUCAAAGUUUUCAGUAACUCGAUAUUUGCAUCACUUUUAUACAGAGAUGUUCACAAUGGAUAUGAAGCUGUCUACGAAUUAACCAAAAUGUGUACAAUAAGAAUGAGUUUUGUCAAAGGUUGGGGAGCUGAAUAUCAUCGUCAAGAUGUAACUUCAACUCCUUGUUGGACCGAAAUUCACCUGAUUGGACCUCUCCAAUGGCUCGAUCAAGUACUCACUCAACUUAAACCACCGAUCGGCCAUAUAUCAUCAGUCUCUUAAAACAAAGAAACAAAUUCUCUGCCAUCAAACACACAAACACAUAAAACACAUUCACUUUCUUUUCGAAACAUUUUUUUUAUCGAUCAAAUAGUGAUCUUAAACACUCAUUAACUCUUUCAACAUAAAUCACUUUGUUAAAAUUGGUACAAUAAUUUACAACUUCUAUUCUCAAUAAUCUCAGCGAUCAUGAUUCUUAAAUCUACCAACAACAAAGUUCUAACCAAUAGAUGGCUUCAAAUUUGAGAAAACAAGUUCGUAAAUGUAAAUGAAUUUGAUUUAAUGAAUUUCCAUAAGAUCCAAUCAUUGGGAUUCCAAUAAUCCAUCAUAAAAAUAAUAAUCUGAUUGAAACAUUGAAUUCAUGAAACUCCAUGGAUUCAAUCAAAUCAGUCGCAGCUCAUGUAAUAACAAAAACUUAGACUAAUAAGUUUUCAAUUGUGAUAAACAUAAUAAACAUUUUACAAAUGAUAA